UUGAGUCUCUUUUUUGAGAAUUUAUGUGGUCGGGUAGUCAAAAGUUUUAGGUAAUAAGGGUAUACAUAAGAUUUUCUGAUCAACCCGACCCGUAGAAGCUUCUUCGUUGGCCGCGUAAAUUGGUGUUGCACGCGGCCAUCAGAUGAAGAACAUACAUUUAGAUCCAUAAGCAAAGCUAAAGCUUUGAUAUUCUCAUAAAAAAAAGAGUUCAAGAAAACCAUCAACGAAAAGCCCUAAUUUACCUUAGUAUAUUUCCGAAUUCUAAACUGAAAACCUCUUCAAAGUGAUAAAAUGGUGAGGAGAAGAGAAGGCCUCAGCUUACCAAUCUCGUCUUCAACGCCAUCGCUUCCUGAGUCACUCCCUGACUUUAGAACAAUGGUGUCAAAUAAACCGAAACAACGGUUAUCUAAGCAAUUAUCAAUGCGUGAGACGCCACGAGAUGUUGCUUGGGAAAAAAGGCGCCGUCAAAUGUUAAAGAUUCAGGAGAAGAAACAAAAAGGCGUAUCUGAAAACGAUAAUGAUCCACCAGAUCUAACUGAUGAAGAUUUAAGGGAACUAAAAGGUUCGAUCGAGUUAGGGUUUGGUUUCAGUGAAGAAGCCGGACAGAAGCUAUGCAACACAUUACCUGCAUUAGAUCUUUACUUUGCUGUGAAUAGGCAAAUUUCGCCUCUCCCUUCACCUAGUAGCAGCCGUAGCAGCAGUGGAGGAGAUGGCUCGUUGUCUUCUACUUCUGUUUCCUCAAGCAGCAUACCUUGUAGCCCAAAAACUGACUCUGACUCAUUAAAGAUCCUAUGUCCAGGGGACAAUCCUCAGCAGGUGAAGCAAAGGUUACGACAUUGGGCACAAGCUGUUGCAUGUUCUUUGAUGCAAUCUCACUGAUGAGUGUAUAUGUUGUGACUUUACGUUUCAACUUGUAACACUUAUUUUAUCACUUUUGUGGGUGAAAUAGGACAGAGAAAGAAUCCUAUUACUUAGGAUCUCUCUGAACAACAAAAAGAUAGAAAAUUUUGGGAGAAACAAAUAGAGAGAGUAAGAGAUUAUGGUUCUCUCUACAUACUUGUGCAAAGGGAACAAGAUGAAAAGAUGAUGUAACCCUUUCUUAUUCAUUUACUGCUUAUUAAUUUCUAAUAUAUGGUCAUGGAUGAUGGUUAUUUAAUUUGAGGUAUGUUUUCAAUUUUAAUUUUACAAAUAUGAACCUUA